GUUGUGUCUAGUUUGUUUAUGUUUGAGUUUGAUGGCGGCAGUGUUAUGAUGUUUACAACGGUUGACAAAGUGCGAUUUUUAAGUCUUUUGAUGAUGUGUACUUGUAGGUGUACAUAGAAAUCUAGACGGCUCUGCAUCGUAAUCGUGCCACUAACAAAUGUUUAUUAUGGAAGUGCAUUUGGUUGUGGCCCUGUUAGGACCCGUAAACUUCUUGCUAUCAUAGUUGUGUGAUUUCAGUAUACAAUUAUAUAUUCGUGGAUUUACUUGUCGAAUUCAAACCUUGGAAUAUUUUUAGUGGUUUCAUAUGCAGGAACUGCCGUUAUUAUGUCAUCAAAAUUAGCAGCUUAACGUGCAGUGAACCUUUUGGAGACGUACUGUUGGAUGAGUUAAGCAACUUCAGAUUACAAAAUGCGCAGCUAUGAAAAGGAGGAGGUUGAGCUAGUAUUUAAUGAAGAUGACUUGCCGUAUGAAGAAGAAAUUCUUCGUAAUCCCUUUUCAGUUAAGCACUGGCUGCGUUACAUUGAACAUAAGAAAGGAAGCCCAAAACAGACUGUCAAUAUAAUUUUUGAAAGGGCUCUGAAAGAAUUGCCCGGGAGCUAUAAAUUAUGGUACAAUUACUUGAAACUUCGCAGGCGGCAGGUGAAGGGAAGGUGCAUCACUGAUCCAGCAUAUGAAGAUGUCAAUAAUGCAUUUGAACGGUCUCUCGUUUUUAUGCACAAGAUGCCUCGAAUAUGGCUAGAUUAUUGCCAGUUCCUGAUGGAUCAAUGUCGCAUAACAAGGACACGACAGCUGUUUGACAGGGCAUUGCGUGCAUUGCCAAUUACACAGCACCAUCGUGUUUGGCCGUUGUACUUGAAAUUCUUGAAGAAAUAUGACAUACAUGAAACAGCUGUGAGAGUCUUUAGAAGGUAUUUAAAGUUAUGUCCAGAAGAUACUGAAGAUUAUAUAGAAUAUCUUACAUCAAUUGAAAGACUAGAUGAGGCAGCUGUGAAGUUAGCUUACAUAGUUAAUAAAGAAGAUUUUGUUUCAAAACAUGGAAAAUCCAAUCAUCAACUUUGGAAUGAACUUUGUGAAUUGAUAUCUAAAAAUCCUGACAAAGUGAGGUCACUGAAUGUGGAUGCCAUUAUCCGAGGAGGAUUGCGGAGAUAUACAGACCAGUUGGGACAUUUAUGGAAUUCCUUAGCUGAUUACUAUGUUCGCAGUGGUCUAUUUGAAAGGGCCCGUGACAUUUAUGAAGAAGCCAUUCAAACUGUAACAACUGUAAGGGAUUUCACACAAGUAUUUGAUGCAUAUGCACAGUUUGAGGAAUUGAGUCUUAGUAAGAGAAUGGAAGAGGCAGCUAGUAAUCUAAAUCCUACAGAAGAAGAUGACAUUGAUCUCGAUUUACGUCUCGCUCGAUUUGAACAUCUUAUGGAGCGGCGAUUACUGCUUCUGAAUUCAGUGUUACUCAGACAGAAUCCACACAAUGUUCAUGAAUGGCACAAGAGAGUGAAACUCUAUGAGGGUAAACCACAUGAGAUAAUAAACACAUACACAGAAGCAGUCCAAACAGUUGACCCCAAGCUUGCAGUAGGGAAAUUGCAUACACUUUGGGUGUCAUUUGCUAAAUUUUAUGAAGAAAAUGGCCAAAUCGAUGAUGCAAGAGUUGUUUUUGAAAAAGCUACACACGUUCCAUACAGUAAAGUUGAUGACUUGGCAUCAGUAUGGUGUGAAUGGGCAGAAAUGGAAAUCAGACAUGAAAAUUUUGAGGAAGCACUGAAAUUAAUGCAGAAAGCAACUGUGAUGCCUCCCAGGAAGGUUGCCUAUCAUGAUGAAUCAGAAGCUGUUCAAAUGCGGUUGUAUAAAUCCCUGAAAGUGUGGUCCAUGUAUGCAGAUUUGGAAGAGAGUUUUGGUACUUUCAAGUCUUGUAAAGCUGUUUAUGAUCGUAUCAUUGAUUUAAAGAUCGCAACUCCUCAGAUAAUAAUAAAUUAUGGACUGUUCCUAGAAGAACACAAAUAUUUUGAGGAAGCUUUCAGGGCAUAUGAAAAAGGCAUUGCAUUGUUCAAAUGGCCAAAUGUAUAUGACAUAUGGAAUACGUACCUCACAAAGUUUUUGAAACGCUAUGGAGGUGCCAAACUUGAACGGGCAAGAGAUUUGUUUGAACAGUGCCUUGAAAACUGCCCUGCAAAAUUUGCAAAAGCUUUGUAUCUUUUAUAUGCCAAGUUGGAAGAAGAACAUGGUAUGGCAAGACAUGCAAUGGCAGUUUAUGAAAGAGCAACAAAGGCAGUUCUACCGGAAGAAAUGUUUGAAGUAUUUAAUAUUUACAUCAAGAAGGCUGCAGAAAUCUAUGGUGUUCCUAAAACAAGACAGAUAUACGAGAAGGCAAUUGAAGUUCUGAAUGAAGAAAAUUCUCGAGAAAUGUGUCUUAGAUUUGCUGAGAUGGAAACCAAAUUGGGUGAGAUUGACAGGGCACGUGCUAUAUAUGCCCACUGCAGUCAGAUGUGUGAUCCUCGGGUAACAGCAGACUUUUGGCAGACAUGGAAAGAGUUUGAAGUACGUCAUGGAAAUGAGGAUACAAUGAGAGAAAUGUUACGAAUUAAACGCAGUGUACAGGCGACUUAUAAUACUCAGGUGAACAUGAUGUCAGCACAGAUGCUUUCGGCUGCUAGUAAUGUAUCAGGAACUGUUGCUGACCUGGCACCUGGAGCUAAAGAUGGAAUGCGAAUGCUUGAAGCAAAAGCUGCUCAAAUGGCGCAGGGUGAAAGAAACCCACAACCAAAAGGUGGCAACAUAUUGUUUGUGCGUGGUGAGACACAAGGUCAGGAGCGAGACGGUGUGGAUACAACUCGUAUAAGCAAUCCCGAUGAGAUUAAUAUUGAUGAAGAUGAUGAGGAUGAAGAUGGAGAAAGUGAAGAUGGUGGAGAUGAUGAUGAUAUUCCAGUGGAGAAACAAGAAAUACCAUCUGAAGUUUUUGGUGGCCUCAAGAAAGAAGUAAAUGAAAAUGAUGACUAGUGAACUUGCUAUGCAAACUAAAAUUUAUACCUUCAGCUGCAUGUUGUUUAUAUAUUUUUAAUUCAUUCCAUUAAAAUAUCUGAGAGUAAAGGUACUGUGUAAUAUUUGUACCAGAUUAUGUACAAAGAAAGACACAUAUUGUAUUACCAUAAACAAGAUUAAGUGCAUAUUAUUUCCAAGACCCAAAAAAUUAUUUUCAUAUGAUGAUGAAAACCUUGUAUUGAGUAGAAGCAGUGGAAUGAAUAAAGACAAUAAUACAUCGUACAAAGGAUAUGUUGAGCAGUGUAUAAGAAAAUAAAACAAGGCUUUUUAACAGACAAUUGAG